AUGGGAAACAUUGGCUUCCUCUUCCCUCUUAUGGUAUAUGUGGUGGUGUUGCGCCACUUUGUGGCUACUUUCUUUGUGGAAUCACCCAACACCUCGACUGACCAAUUGGCUCUUCUUGCACUUAAAGACCAUGUAACUCAUGACCCUCAAAACCUGUUGGCAACCAACUGGACUAGUGCAACCUAUGUUUGCAACUGGAUUGGUGUCACUUGCGGAUCCAAUCAUCAAAGAGUCACUACUCUUGAUCUUUCUAACAUGAGUCUUAUAGGCACCAUCCCACCUCACUUGGGAAAUCUAUCUUUUCUAUCUUGGCUUAACAUCCGAUUUAAUCAUUUUCAUGGUUCAUUGCCCAUGGAGUUGGCUAACUUGUCUUCACUGAAAUAUAUCAACUUUGGCCACAACAACUUUCAUGGAGAAAUCCCAUCAUGGUUUGAUUCCUUCACUCAACUUCAGAGCUUGUUUCUCUACGGUAACAACUUCUCUGGUGUUAUGCCGUCUGCUUUGGGCUCUUUGUCAAACCUUGACACGUUGAUCUUGUAUGACAAUGAUCUGGAGGGGCAUGUUCCGAUUGCAAUCGGAAACCUUUCCAACUUGAAAUGGUUAUAUUUGUACAAUAAUCACCUUUCAGGUCCACUUCCAUUGGCUCUAUUCAAGUGUCAAGAGUUAGAAGUUCUAUCUUUAUCUAACAAUGCCGUGGACGGGAGUGUGCCUCAAGAAAUUAAGAAUUUGACUAGAUUAAGUCAGUUGUAUCUUGAUCUUAACAACUUGACAGGUCGACUUCCAACUCUACAACCUUCGUUGCGUGGCUUAAGCGUUUUACACAACAAUUUAAUUGGAGAAAUCCCUUCAUCAGUUUGCAAUAUGAGUUCACUACAGUAUUUUCUUGAUUUGUCGAGGAAUAACUUUCAUGGAAUUAUUCCAGAAUGUCUUGGAAACUUAAGCAAUUCUAUUGAAAUGGUGGAUUUAAGCAUGAAUAGUUUCCAUGGUAAAAUACCCGGAAAUUUUCAUAAAGAUUGUUUGUUGAGAUCUUUUCGCAUCAAUGACAACAAGAUUGAAGGGUCACUACCACGCUCUUUGGUUAAUUGCUCGAAAUUAGAAAUUUUAGAUAUAGGGAACAACAACUUGAUUGACACUUUUCCAAUUUGGUUAGGAAAUUUAGAUCUACAAGUUCUUAUCUUGCGAUGUAAUAGACUCUAUGAUCGCAUUGAUAACUUUGAAAGUAAAUUUUCCUUCACUCAUUUGCGAAUCAUCGAUCUCUCUCACAAUGACUUCAAUGGCUACUUACCAACAAAAUUUUUUCAAAAUCUUCAAGCUAUAAGAAGUGAGAGUGAAAACAAAGGUGACCCAAAGUACAUGAUAUAUUCUGGGACUAAUCAAGGUUUUUAUUUUUAUGAAUCUUUAUUUAUUACAACAAAAGGGUCGGAGAUGGAGCUCAUGAAAAUCUUAACCACUUGGACAAUUAUUGACUUUUCUAAUAAUCGAUUUAAAGGACAAAUACCUGAAGUAGUUGGAGAACUUCAUUCACUUAUUGUCCUCAACCUCUCUCACAAUAGUUUAACGGGUCCUAUCCCAUCAAUAUUAGGAAACUUGACAGCACUUGAAUCAUUAGAUCUCUCAUCAAACAAGCUCAAAGGAAAAAUUCCUGCACAAUUAAUAAAUCUUAUAUUCUUAGAGGUAUUAAACCUUUCUUGGAAUAAUCUCAUGGGACUCAUUCCUCGAGGCAAACAAUUUGAUACUUUCACAAAUGAUUCCUACAUUGGAAACUUGGGUUUAUGUGGACUUCCUUUAUCCAAAAAUUGUAGUAACGAAAAGAAUUUGGCACCACAACCAACAAAGUUUGACGAAGAUGGUGAUGUUGUGAAUUGGAAAUUUUCUAUAUUGAUGGGGUAUGGAUGUGGGCUUGUUUGUGGAUUGAGCAUGGGAUACAUUGUGUUCACAACUGGAAAACCAUGGUGGCUGGUUAGGAUCAUUGAGAGAGGUCAACAAAAAUAUGUUAUGAGAGGGAAAAUCCGCAGAAGUGGGGGAAGAAAGUAA